AUGGCUUACAGAAUCGGGGUCCUGCUGCCCCUGGCAGGUGCCAUGGUCACGCAGGGCUGUGGUGAGUAUCACUCCUCCCGCAGUGGCAGCACAGACAGACCGGUGACACUGCAGGGGGACGAGUGGAUGAUGCACAGGGCUCCUGCUGACCUGCCCUCGGUGGCUGACGGGUGCCAGGCUGCAGUCGCCCACCACCACCUGAUCCAGGAGCUGCUGCACCGCAUGGAGAAAUCCGUCGAGUUUGACAAACCACCGAACCCCAGCAUCCUGCUGGCCAUGAACCUGGCUGGAGCCACCCACGGCCACGUUCACAGCUGGCUGCUCCAGCAGAUAAAGAAGGACGCAGUGGAGAGAGCCCAAACAGACAUGACCUCGGGACAGGUGGCUCUGUAUGUCCUUGCCCUCCUCUCCUCCUGCCAGGACCCCUGGCGUGUUCAUGCCAUGGGGAAGACCGUCAACCUGAUCCCCAUCCUGAAGCAGAAAAUGAAUGAGGAGAUCAGCAGAAACGUGAUCACCUGGUACAACGAGAGCCUGGACAUCCUGGCCCUUUGCCUGGCGAAGGAAUAUGACAUCCAAGAUGCAGUCAAGGCUGUGGCUGAGAAGCUGCUGAAGUCUAGGAGUUGCCUCUGUGUGGACACCCAAGCCAUGGCGGUACUGGCGCUGGUGUGCGCCUACAACCACACAGACAAGCAGGAUCUGAUCCAUGAUGCACUAAAGGUGGUGACCAACGAUUUCCUGGAUGAGCAAGAGAGGAGGAAUGGCAUGAUUGGGAAUAUCUACAGCAUGGGGCUCGCCCUGCAGGCUCUGGAGACCUCGAGUGAGUUUUACGCCCCUCGGAAGUGGGACCGUGCCCAGGCCUUCAGCGUGGUCUACAACCACGACUACCAGCAGCCCAUGGCCAUAGCCCAGGUGCUGCCUCCCCUCGUGGGCAAGUCCUACCUGAACGCAGAUGCCAUCACGGUGCAGUUCUCCAUAACCAACACGCUGAAGAAUUACUUCCACUACUCCACCUCGGUGUGUGUCCCAGGUAACUCCACGCUGCUCCGGGUGAUGCAGGUGGCAAGGAAUGAGAAACCUGACGUCUUUUGCUUCAAGAUAAAGAAGGAAAAACUGGGUCCCUUUGUGACCUCCAUCCACGGGCUGGAUGGCAACAAAACAGAAGGGACCUACUGGCAGUUCUUCAGCUGCUGGAGUCCCCUCCAGGAAGGGGUCGGAACCUACAAGCCUAAAAACUGGGAGCACAUCCAGGCCAUCUUCAGCAUCUGCCGAAGGCACCAAGAAACCCUGGACAGCACCAUGGAGCAAUAA